GUGUUGCGUUACUUGCGAACGUUGUAUCCAUUUAUCGUUAUCAAUAAACUCAGUACUUUGUUUCCCUUAUCACUGGUAUCAGAGCCAUUCUUCCUCGAAAUCAAUGGCAGAAACUAGAUCGCGAUUUGAACAAGUGAUUGCGGCACAAAAUCUUCAGAUCGACAAGCGUAUGGCUAAACUGCGGGAAGCAAUUCAGCUCUUCUCCGAUCAAGUGAAUCACUCAUCAUCGAGUGGUCAUCUACAACAGCAACGAUCAUCUCCGGUGCUUUCAGCGACUCCAGAAAUUAUGUAUCCGUCAUCACGAUCUAGGAACGCAGAGGAGGUGAAUCUGCAAGUCGUUGCUCUCUCAGCCUCGCCGCAAGUUCGAGAUUCACAGGAUCGCACAAUGAAGAUUCGUCGAAGCCUCUCUUGGGAAGAAAUGGAAGAGAGAAGGUCAAAGGGGCUUUGUAUGUUUUGUGAUGAAUCUGAAACUCCAGAUCACCAUCUGAGACACAAGAACGCAUGUAUUCUCAUGAUAGAUAGUGAAGAUCGUCUCUCUAAUGCUAUUGAAUUAGAAGAAAUUGCGGUUAAGAUAUCGAGUGAUAUGGGGCUGUCGAAUGCAAUUGGUUGUGAUUUAGAGACUGGUGACACAGAUUCAUUGACUGAAAAUAAAAAAAUGAUUCAAGAACAAGCCAAGAAUCAUUCCACAGAUUCAGUUCUAGAACCUAGCUUGGUUCAUCGUAUGUGUUUGCCUCUCAAACGUCAUGUAUCAAAUCCUCAAUGGGAACUUAGCCGUAGGUCUUCUAUAGAAUCUAUGGAUGUUUAUGAUCAGACAAAGGCUUUACGUUAUGAUGAUUUGACAUCAACAGUUGUGAGGAUACAACUAUCGCAAUCGCAAUUUGAUCUUGGAAUUGCUUCGAGUAGUGUACGCCAAGUGUUUGGUUCAAUUCCACUAGGAACACACUUAUUGCAAAAUAGGAGAAGGGAAACAUUUUCAAAGACUUGGUGGUUUAAGUUCAAAGCAACGACAACAACAAAGCUGCUUAUAUCAGAAUCAUCGAAUCAAGAGAGCUUCGAGUUGUUUACAGAGAAUAACGGCUGCUUAGACCAUUUUCAAUCGCUGGUUCUGAUGAAAGAAGAACCAGAAUCUGUGAAGGUAAAUAAAGUGAAGUUAGAGACGCAGAGUUGCAAUUUGAAACCGGAUUUGAUUCAAGCCAAGAUGAUGGUGACAAAGACAAAUUUGUUCGGUACCGAUGAAUCAGGUUAUAUUCUUGAGGAUUUCACGUCUGCAAUCUUGGAGAAAAAUCGAUCACAGUUCUUUUGUGGAUUUGACUUUGAUGGCUUACAGUUUGGUGAUGUUUUCCAGUUCUGGAAAAGAGUUGGUAGCCGUGAGAAGUUAACAGCACCUAAGGAAGAAGAGAAAAGGAUGUUCUUGGAAGGUGAUGGUCUAAUAUACUCCGAUCAGGCCCGGCUUAACACAUGUGUCCUAGGUGCUGAAGCACAGGGUCCUCUGUUUGAAGGAUGA